AUGUCGGGAUACAUUGCGCCGCUCCUGUGGUCCUUCCUCCCAGGGCAGGUGACCAACGCCAUCCUCCCGACGCUCAUGGGCAUGUUCCCGCGCCUCCUCCCUCCAUCCCAGCCAGGCUCGCCGGGAUAUCAGCGCAACUACCGGCACGUCAUCACUGCGCUCGUGCUCGGAUGGCUGGUGUGGGCGUUUGUGUAUGAGCAGAGGAGCUCGGAUGCGCGCGAUGCGUACAGGUUGCUCGGGGUGGGAUACACGGCGGCCGACGACGAGCUGCGUCGCGCGUUCCGUCACCUGUCGAGGACGUACCACCCCGACAGGCUUGGUCCCCACCCGCCUCCCGAGGCCGAGGCCAAGUUCAUUGUCAUUCGCCAGGCUUACGAGGUGCUCACCGACCCGGUUAAGCGGUUUGCGUAUGACAGCCGCUGUGCCGUACGCUUCACGGCUAUCUUCUUGGCCAUUUUGACUUCUCGCCGCCGCCGACUGGCGCUGACAUUCAGGUUCGGCCCUAACAUGCUCGCCUGGACCAAGCUCGAAAGCACGCGCGAUUACGUCCAGGCUGGUGCCCAGAACGCCGCCACGUUCUACGCCAUGAGUAUCGCCGUGAUGCUCCUCCUCGCUCUCCUCGGUCGUGCGCGUGCUGGUGCCUACUGGCGCAACAUUCUCCUCGGCCUCGCCGUCGUCCUCGAGGCCACGCUCGUCCUCACGCCUACACCUUCUCUGGACGCUCCCUCGUUCUUUGCCCCGAUCCUUGCCGUCUUCCCUCGCCCACUUGCGCGCCUGCUCGCCCCCUUCGUUCCCGGCUUCAUCCUUCGUCGACCAGCCUACAUGCACAUUGCGCUCGUGCGCCGUGUGUUUGCGGACGCGUCCGUCGCCAUCUCCCAGCUUACUGGUGUGUGGUCUGAACCUGAGAAUGAGACGAUGCGUGCCCUCCACAGCCUCGCAGCCGGCAUCAAUGCCGAGUCUCUCAAGGACUUGGCAGAGGAGGUCGGGCCCGUGCUGGGUGGCACGACGGAUGUGACUGCCGCGGAACGCAACCUCCUCCAACGCAUGGACCAGAUCCUGCUCGACCGCGCACUUGCGGGUCACCCACUCAUCGCGCCAGCUUAUAACGCUGCGCUGCGCGAAACCGCCCACGUCCCGGCGCAGGUCCACAUGGACUCGACGGGCCAGGGCCACAUCCACCCAAUCGUCAGCGGUGCCAGCGCGAGCGACGCAAAUGCGACCUCUGGCGCACAGAUCGAGCCUUCCCGCGACGGCGACCUGUCCAUUGCGGCGUCUCUCCCUCUGCCACUUUCGCGCGCGCCCAGCCCCGCCAACGGCAGCACGGCUGAGGCGGUUCCCUCCCGCUCCAAGAGGCAGGCCAGCGUGACUGCCAGUCCCAGUGCGCGCCGCCGUAGUGCGCGGUUGACGGGCGCGUGA